GUUGUUAUUUUCAUUGACGCGGCGUGUUUAAAAAAACCUCAGACUUCUUUGCCUCUUUUGAGCCUCGAUUAAUUCUCGUCUGGUUUUUUAGUUUGUGAGUUAUUAUAACCUAUCUAAAUCUUCUACUCCAAUUUUGCAGAAUUUGUGGGUGAUCUCCUCGUGAACACCGGUCAAAGCGAUACAAAAUCAUUGAAUUUUCAGCUCAGUUUUGAGGACGAUGGCAACUUCUAUUCAGCAUAAUGUAGACACUGAGAACCCAGGAGGAGUGAUGGCUGGUAAACGAGGACAGAUGCUAUCUGCAGGACCAAGGAGAGGUCUGGGCAAGGUCUUUUCAUCCAACGAGAACUCUCUAGUGACUCCCCACCGGAAGGCUCUGGGUGACCUGAGUAACAACAAGGCCAGUCGUCAACCUUUAGGGAGUCUAAGUAACACCAUUCACAAGACUAACCAGGGUAGUGGACUCAUCAAGAAACCUCUUGGAAGUCAGCUCAAGACGCCAGGGCCUGGCAUCAAGGUGUUCGGAGAAGGACCAGCUCUAAAGGGCAUAGAGAGCAAGAAGAGAGCCCCCAAGGUCAAACCAGAGAUCAAGAAAUCCUUAGCAAGUAAUCCCAAACCAACCUUCACGUUCCCUGAUGUAGAAAACAUGAAGAUCUUUAAAGAUGAUGACCGGACCUUCAACCGGCUUCCUGCCGAGGAUUGCUUGUCUUCACACCUAGAUCGUCUUGGUACCAUGAAGACCACUCUAUUUAGAUACCCUGUCAGAGAUGUUGAUGAUAUCAAUCCAGACUUCUCACAUCUCUCAUUGGAUAAGAUCAUCAGACCCAGCCAAUCAGAUGAUGAUCUGCUGAUUCCACCUUCAUCAACUCCAAUGGAGUGCUUAGAUCUUCCACCUGUAGAAUCCAUCGACUUCCUGGAUAUCAAUAAUCUUAUCUUUGAUUAAACACUUCUCCAGUGGACAGGGAGCGGACAUCAUCCAGGAACUUCUGUCCUCUGAAAGCACUCCUGAAACAGAUAUUGACUGUUGUUGUAAAAGUAAAGUAAUCUAUCCAACCUUGUUGUUGUGUGUAAAUGCUGUCCCAUUGCUGCGUUAUGUCAAGCCAAAACCUGGAGCUGUGAUGCCAGUAGAGAAUUUGUCAUACAGGUAUUGAAAAAUAAACUGGACUAUUUGUGAUUUUGAUACCUGUCUGGCAGGGAUUGUUUGAAUCAAUGAAAGAUGUUCAUAUGGAUAUCUUCAGUGUGCUGCAGGAUCUAUGGAAGACACUUUUAAGAUCAUUCCUCGAGAUGAUGACCUUGACAGCAUCAUUGGCCGUGCCAACAACAUCAUCAGGUGAUUCUACAAUGUUUGCUCCCGUGACAGCUGCCCCAUGGGAAACCUACAUAUCAAAUUCAACCUCAAACCUAACAACAACCUUAAUUCCUUAUGUUAUUUUGACCCCAAACCCUAUUGAAACCCUAAUCCAAUGGCCUAUUCUAAAGUCCAAUUUAAGUUGAACCAUGAACAAACUAUGUGCUUAAAUUAUGGAAAACUCAAAUUGCCAAAGCCUUAUUUACGUUACUGGUUUCUCAUAUUCAAUUUGUUCUCCAUGUUUUAAUGAUGACAAAACAAUUCAGAUAAGUAAAUCAUUCCCAGACAGUUAUGAAUUACUGGGGUACCAAAAGUACUGAAAAAUAAAAUGAACAUCUCGUGGCUAUCAAUAACUUUAAACCAGAGUUUGAAUCCAACAAGAUUUCAGAUUACAUCCCGUGGACUUGAAGAAAUUGUCAUAGGAGAAAAUGUCCGCUAACAUUACCAGGUAGCCCUGUCAUGUGGAGCUUUUCAUAUCAAGAACAGGUGACAAAUCUAGUGAGUGCCAUCAUACCAUUACAUCUCUUUAACACCAUACUGUCUGACUUCAUUUAUCAUGAAGCAAUGUACUUGUUAAUGCCACUUAGUUAUAUCAAUGUACUGAAAUAUGAGUCGAUGAUACCCAAGGUGAUAACCACAGCAGAGAAGGGCUGCAUUCAUGGUUUCUAAAGCCAAAAAGGAACAUAAACUCUUUAAAGUUAAUUAAUAACUGUAAUACUGUAUAUAUCAUAAUCAUGUACAUGUAUUUACUAUCAAGAUGUCUUUUUUAAAAUGUCUUUUAAGAUGAUAGCAAAAAAAAAGAUCAUACUAGUCCCUGGAACACAAAUAUGAGGGAACAAUUCUGAAUGGUCAAUAUUCAGUCUGUUUAGCUAACAGUGCAUGCAACAAUGAUCUUAAUUAGCCAUUACCACUCAGUGAGCAAUUGACAAAAUUCUGUGUCACAUAAAUGAUGUCAAAGAUCCAGGUUUUCCAGCUUCUUCAUUUCAAUUUGAACACAUGUAAAGUGCUGCUUUUUUUAAUCAGAAAUUUUAGAAUUUUCAAGCAUUCAUCCAUUUUUUUUUUUAGGAAUCACCCAUAGUUGAUCAUUUUUCUGGUGUAGGUGAUGUGACUAUCCUUUGUAAUUUUUUGUCCAAAAAUUUGUUAAAAAUUGAAGAAUUUCCAUCUCACAACUUGAUAAACUUCAGUAAGCCAUCGCAAAUAAAAGCAGAAAAAAAAAACCAUUUAUGGUAUUCCUCUCAUACAGGUUAAUUAAACAAAAAAGAUUUUGGGGGGGGUCUAAUAAGUGACUAAAUCUGUUCUCAAUGCAUUAACUUUCAUUGCACUGCUAAAGCACAUUUGAAAAGGUUCAAUAUUGCAUCAUGUCUGAUAAAUUGGGUAAUAUUCCAGGACUGCUGUCAAAAAACAGAACAGGAUAUGAUAACUGUUCUUUGAUUUUUUUUUAUUGGUGAUGUAGAGAUAGAUAAUGGAUCUUUUGGACAGAACAUUGCAUCUGCAAGCAGGGCAAGUCAGUUCAGUUUGAAAAGUUUGCCCACUCCAAGAUUGAAAACGAUCAUGAUGCCAUGUGCAAAGUUAUCAAACUCAAGUCUCCCUCAACCAUAAGUUGUUUUGAAUGAAUAAAGAAAACUAAAAAAAAGUAUCAAUCUCAAUCUGGAUGUAAAAUUGUGAAAUAAGAGAGUUAUGUGAUUUCAAAGUCUUGCUUCAUUUUACAACACAUUUUAAUGCACAGCACAACACAUAUGAUAUCCAAAUGAAAGAGCCGAUGAUGUUGCAUGCACAAACACUAAUUCUGAGAGUCAAAUCAAUUUUCUUCUUUUUGCAAAUUUGAGAGUAAGUUGGUUUUUGUGGGGGUUGAAUCAUGGAAUAUAUAUUGAUGGUGAUCCCAUAUAUUCCAUUGCAGCAAAACUUUGUUUUGAAUUACAAGAGGGAAAAAUGUAAAUAUUUAAUUAUUGUAAUAAAACCCACGAUAGUGAGUGUGUGAUGCCAAUAGUUGCCUCAUUUGCAUAGUGCCCCAUGUUGUUCAUUAACUUGUGAAUUCUUUGCAAAAAUAAAAGAAUAUGCCAUAAACUUUCAUAUUUUUCCUCCAAUUUUGAUGAAAUUAUCAGUGCUUUGCUUGUUUGACAUUUUCCAUUUAAUACAACUUGAUGUUGAGUCGGAUUUGACGUUUCACAAUCGUUAAGCUUGAUAUGGAAGCAGUAGUUGGUGUUGAUUGUCCUCAUAUUAUAUGUGAAGUAUUACUAAAUUCAUUUUGUUUGCUUUAUUUUAUUUUCUUGCUUUAAAUAUGGAUAGUUUCAUUUAUUUGCUAGUACGAAGGACAUUACCAAUUGCUUGCUGGAGACAGGUGGUCCCAUUAAAAAAAAGAGAAUGAUGAAUUUUGGUAGUUGACAUAAAAUCAAACUUCUAUUAUCUAUCAUUGUCACAUUGCUUUAAAAAUGACAGGAACUAAGUGCCGAAAGAGUAUUAUGGCAGUGACUCUCUAUCACAAACAAAUGAUUGAUUUCCAGUUGCUGUUUGUAAUAACAGCAUAAAAUUGUAUUUGGUGGUCUUUACACGUGGUAAUAUCCUUUUAAAAUAACUUAAACUGAAUUUCAUUGAUCAGCUACUAGUUUAGAUUGCUGUAAUUAUUCAGUAUGCACUGUUAAAAUUUGAAAGAAAAAUCAAAUAAAGGUUGAAAAAAAUAGUUAAUCAUGUGGGCAUCUGCCACAAAGUUAGAUUCAGAGUUUAAUCCGAGAACAAAACUUAUACAUACAGCAGUUUUGCUUUGCUGAACCAGGAGCCUGUUUCACAAAACUUGGUGUAGCAACAAAUUUGCAAAAGGUCAGAGCUACUGGAAUCACUCAAUUCUGAUUGGCUGAUAAUGAUAAUCUUGUUAUAGACAUUGUGCAUUUGUUAUUAAAACAAGACUCUAUGAAGUAGGACCCAUGUGUAAAGAAUGGUAAUGAAGAUUUUGUUUAGGGCUUUGAUGAACCAAUGCUAUAAUACUGUACAGAUGAAAUCAAGAUGCCUGUAUAUGACUAUUUAUGUGACAUGAGAAUAACAGCAUCAUUCUAUAAGUGAGUAAGUCAUUUUUGUUGUUUUUGUUUUAGUUUUGUAAUAAAUUUCUUUAUAUAUAUAU